AUGCUCGAUCGUCGACAGGAGCCAAAGCCAGCGCAUCACCGGGCGACUAUCACCUCAUCAGGGAGGAGAAGGGUCGUCGGUACCAUCUCCAAUUGCAACACAGUAGCGCCAUCGGACCACCACAGGGAUCGGGGCCUCUUGCUUCCUCGAUUCGUUGCCGCCAGUCGACCACCUCUGCUCCGGUCUCCCUUACAGUCGGUGUCGCCAACUAAAUCGAGCUUCAUAUCUCCUCCUCAGGUCACGAACUCCGACAUCGGGACCAUUCGUUACCCACCUUCUUCCAGAUACGACCUUUCACCUUCGAGUUCAUCAAGAAGCGCAUAUUAG